GCACAUACAAACCGAGCACCUAUAUAAGCUGAGCUUAACACUACGAAUUACAUUCAUCGAUUGAUAUUUGAAGAGAUAACAACAUGAAAUUGCUCAUCCUCGCAGCUGUUGUGUGCGCGGCCAGUGCGCUGCCGCAAUUCCAGCAGUACCGACCUCAGUUCCAACAGCAGUACCAACCUCAGAUCCAACAACAGUACCAGUACUACCAGGAUCAAAGACCGCGCGCCGCACUGGAGAGGAAUGCCGCCAUCUUGCGUUCAGACUCGGAAGUCAACGAACAAGGAUACCGCUUCGCUUAUGAGACUGAAAAUGGUAUUCAAGCUGAAGAAGUGGGUCGUGAAGCGGACGGUAUCCAGGCUCAAGGCGGCUACGCGUACGUGGGUGACGAUGGGCAAACAUACAACGUGAGGUACACCGCUGAUGCCAACGGUUUCCAAGCACAGGGCGCGCACAUUCCAACCCCGCCACCAAUCCCUGCGGAGAUCGCCAGAGCGCUGGAGGAGAAUGCGAGAGAUGAAGCCAAUGGCAUUUUUGAUGAUGGCAGCUACCACGAAGGUAAAUACGAUGACUCCGGGGUCGUUGCGGCUCGCAAUCCCUACAAUUACCCCUUCAGACAGGUCACCGGCGCCCCCUACAGGACUUACCAGUAAUCUGUUACAACCACACUCAGCACGUGCCAUCGAUUUCUACCUUAAGAUUAUAUAGUCCUCUGUUUAUAUAAU